AUCUGCGUUUAUUUCUUUCACUCUCGCUCUCGUUGAUUCUCAAGGCAAAUAUCGCUUCUUCUUUUUUCAAUUGAAAAAAAGCUUCGCGAAAAUUGACACGAACAAGAAACGUUGACGUUUGUCCAUCAUCUUCGUAGGACAUCUGUCCAGGUGUGAAUCCGCGUUCGGCAUUUUUAAUUCCCGCAAGUUUGAGCGAAUUCGAUGUUUCUGGAGCUUCUCUUUCGGGCUUCAUCUCUCUUGAAGAUCUUCGAAAAAAAGGAUUGCUGAAGGAGGUUGUUUCCGAUUUGGUUACUGAAACUUGGGGGGAAAAAAAUUGCUGUUUAGAGAAGUAUUUUUUAAGAGAAUUGGGCAAAGUCCUCACCAGUACGGGUUGAAAUUUGGGGUAGUAUUUUUUAUGCUUGAUUAUUACCCUCUUUGGUGAGGAACUUAAUUUAAAAGGUGGGGUUUAAGGUAGUUGAUUUAGUAUUGGAAACUCCUGAAUGGUUCGUAAAUUAUUAUAGGAGUAGAGCUAGAUUAAGAAGCUAUGACUUGGGCCACUCAAAAAGGCUCAAAUAUAAUGACUGCUUAUCCACGUAGUGUUUCCUGGAUUGGGAUUUCUGUGGGAGGAAUGGCGUUCUUCUUAAUGUUUGCUUCCUGGAUACUAGUCUCAUACCCGAUUGGUUCCACGGUUCGUGGGUAUUUCUAUGGUCUUGAGAGUUUGGAAAAGGUGGAUUUGUUCAUCUCUAUGGGCAAUCAGAGUGCCAGGGAUCCAAGUGUUGGUGACAAAGUAGAUAUGGUUGGUAAGAUUUUGGUCUCUGAGUCCGAUUCUCAAAUGCUAUUGAGUACAAAUGAAGCACCGGUUGUUUCAGAAACCAAGGAGAUGAAAGAUGUAGAAGCACCUGUUCCAACAUCGUCUGUGGGAUCAAAUGCUCCAAUGGUGGAAAACAAUACACAAGUGAUUGAUAAGAAUUUGUCGCAGGUGCCCUUGAGUUCAACUGGUCAACCAGUUAUUUUGGAGGACAAGGAGAUGAAAGAUCUAACAGCACCUAUUCCCAAAUCAUCUUCUGCUUUGACAAAAGAAGAGAAUGCCAAGCCUAGUUCUGAUUCAUCCAAUGCUACAAUGAAUGUUGAGAUUAAAGAACCUGUUCCUUGGAGUUUGAAUACUUCCAAUUCCAUAGAUAUGGGAUCAAAUGAUACUACAGCUUCUUCUUCUGAUCCCAAUUCUAUGGAUAUGGGAUCGAAUGAUUCAGGCUGUGAUCUGUAUCAGGGAAGUUGGUUUUAUGAUACAUCAGGACCAUUAUACACAAACAAUACAUGCCCCGUAUUAACACAGAUGCAGAACUGCCAGGGAAAUGGGAGGCCUGACAGGGACUACGAGAAUUGGCGAUGGAAGCCCUUUCAGUGUGACCUUCCCCGAUUUGAUCCAAAGAAAUUUCUGGAGUUAAUGAGAGGGAAGACACUUGCUUUCAUUGGGGACUCAGUUGCUCGAAACCAGAUGGAAUCAAUGCUGUGCAUUCUCUGGCAGGUAGAAGCUCCUAAGAACCGAGGGAACCGUAAAAUGCAGAGGUAUUUUUUCAAGUCAAAAUCUGUAACGAUCAUUCGGAUAUGGUCCUCAUGGCUUGUCAAGCAAACAUCCGCACCGCUUGAUUUUGCUCCAGAGGGUGUGGUGAAGCUCCACCUUGAUGCCCCUGACGAUCACUUCAUGGAAUUCAUCCCAAAGUUUGAUGUGAUUGUUCUUUCUUCUGGCCACUGGUUUGCCAAGCAGUCAGUUUACGUCUUGAAUAAUGAGAUUGUGGGAGGACAAUUGUGGUGGCCUGACAAGUCUCGGCCUAUGAAGGUUAAUAAUGUUGAGGCAUUUGGGAUAUCUGUUGAGACAAUUCUCACCUCUCUUGCUACGCAUCCGAAUUACACGGGGCUAACAAUUGUCCGUUCAUAUUCUCCGGAUCAUUACGAGGGUGGUGCCUGGAAUACUGGCGGAUCAUGCACCGGAAAGACAAAACCGCUUGCAGUUGGUGAAUUGGUAGAAAAUGGGUUUACAAAAAUAAUGCAUGAAAAACAGGUCUCAGGUUUCAACCGUGCAAUUACAAAGGCAACAAACAAAUCAAAGUUGAGGCUGAUGGAUAUUACUCAAGUCUUUGGUUACCGCCAUGAUGGACAUCCAGGACCAUAUCGAAACCCUGAUCCAAAUAAGAUCACAAAGCGUGGCCCAGAUGGAAAGCCUCCCCCUCAGGAUUGCUUGCACUGGUGCAUGCCAGGCCCGGUUGAUACCUGGAACGAACUUGUGUUUGAAAUCGUAAGGAGAGAAUAUGAGGGGGGCAGUAAGGGCGUUGUUUCGCAAUGAGAUGGGUUUUGUUGCCGAGCAGACUGCCUUGUUGCCUUGUCUUUAAUUAUAAAGGUUAGCUAGUUCAGUAAGAUAUAAUUUAUACUCAGGAAGGUGGUAAAUUUAGUCGAGUUAUUUCAUUUUUCAUAUAUACCUCUGUAAAGAAAUUAUUUGUUGUAACGGAUCAGCAGCUAGAGACCAGAGGUACAGGAUGCAACUUAAGUUUUGCUUGGGCCUUGGGCAAAGGUAAUAAUAAUAUAAGCUGAUUGUGUCA